AUGUCGGCACCGCUGCUGCUCUGGGUCAUCCUGCUGCGCUGGGCCGGCGGAGGGGGCUGCGCCCGGCCGGGCAGGACGUGGCAGCACUGCACAGACCUGCGGCCCCUGGACAUCCUCUCGGAGGCGGUGCCGGCCGCGGGGCUGGCCCGGGGCAUGCGGGUGUUCCAGGUGCAGGGCGUGCGCGGCUUCCAGCUCUCCUCAUCGCGGCCCCGCGCCCUGGGCUUCCCGGCAUCGCGGCUCUUCAUCCACUGCGACCGCUUCCCCGAGGAGUUCUCCAUCAUCGUCACGCUGCGGGCGCUGCGCGGCCCCGCCAAGAGGAACGAGUACAUCUUCACGCUGAUGCUGGAGGAGAGCCCCAGCGUGCUGGUGGGGCUGCGCUACGCCCCCGACAAGCUGCAUUUCCUCUUCUGGAGCCAGGAGCGCGCCGGCGGCUGGCAGACGCGUGUCACCUUCCCCAACGUGUCCCUCUCCGACAACCAGUGGCACACGCUCAUCCUGGCUGUCUCCGGCCAGUCCUUCUCCUUGACGGUGGACUGCAGCAUCCCCAAGGAUGUGGUGGUGGAGACACCGUUUCCAGCCUCGCUGUCGGUGAGGAGAGCCAGCUUCUACCUGGGCAACAGGAGGAGAAGGAAAGGCGUGUUCACGGGCUUGCUGAGACAGCUUGUCCUGCUGCCAGGAGCUGAUGCCACCCCCCGGAUGUGCCACGCCGUGAACUUCAAAGUAGCAACGCUGUCUGUGCCCACUGUCCUCCAGGAUGUCCCUGCCAAGCCAGUGAGCAACGAGGUGCUCAAACACGCCUACGAGAGUGACAUGAAGGUGACCCUGGGGGCGCGGCCACGCUGCUCCAAGCAGGAGAAGGCGCAGUUCUGGUUCAACGCCUCCCGGCGAGGGCUCUACCUGUGCAACGGCAGCACCUGGCUCUCCGUGCUGGAAGUCCAACACAGGCUGGACUAUGUGGAGGAAUACCAGAACCUGGUGACCAACUCAGAGACAAUGGGCAUUGAGGUGUUCAGCAUCCCAAAGGUGGGACUGUUUGCAGCCGUGGCCAACAGGAUCACGCCCCCAGGAUCAGCCAUCUACAGGUGGAUGGACGGGAAGUUUGUGCACUACCAGAACAUCCCCACCCACCAGGCUCAGUCCUGGAAGUAUUUCACCAUUGGGAAGAAGAUCUUCCUGGCAGUGGCGAAUUUUGAGCAGAACGAGAGGGGCCAGGAGUUCUCUGUGAUCUACAAGUGGAGCCGCAGGAAAGCCAAGUUCAUCACGUACCAGCGGAUCAGCACGCACAGCGCCAGGGACUGGGAGGCCUUUGUCAUCGAGGGAGAGGCUUUCCUUGCUGUGGUCAACCACAGGGAAGGGAACAACCACAACAUAGACAGUGUGAUAUACAGGUGGAACCCCAGGACAGGGCUGUUUGAGACCAACCAGACCAUUCCUACCUCUGGAGCCUACGACUGGGAAUUUUUCACCAUCGGACCGUAUUCCUUCCUGGCUGUAGCUAACACAUUCAAUGGCACGUCCACCAAGAUCUACUCACACAUCUACAUCUGGCUCAGUGGCUCCUUCCAGCUCUUCCAGUCUAUCCUGACAUUUGGUGCAGCUGACUGGGAGGUUUUUCAUAUUGGGGACAGAGUUUUUCUGGCUGUUGCCAACAGCCACAGCUAUGACAGCGGGAUGCCAGCACCCUCCAACUUCUAUGCCAUCAACUCCUCCAUCUAUGAGCUGAACAUCACGGCCCAGAUGUUUGUUAAAUUCCAGGACCUUCUCACCUACAGUGCCCUGGACUGGGAGUUCUUCUCAGUGGGAGACGACUCUUUCCUGGUGGUGGCAAACUCCUUUGAUGGCUUCACCUUCUCUGUCAACAGCAUCAUCUACAGGUGGCAAGGCUAUGAAGGCUUUGUGGCAGCCCACCACCUCCCCACCGUCGGCUGCAGAGACUGGGAGGCGUUUCACACCGCUGAGGGCUCCUACCUGUUCUACUCCAGCGCCAAGGAGCCCCUCUCCAAGGUGCUCAAGCUGAAAACCACCUGAGACACGCUCAGCUCAUCGCCAGGACCAGCUGGGCAUCCAUGGAAGAUGGACCACAGAGCCCAGGAAUGGCUGCAGCAUCAGCUGGGCAGUGGCUGGCUGUGCACUCUGCAGGAAGGGAGGAGGAGGAGGAGGAGGAGGGUGGAGCUCAGAGCUCCCUGCAGCCUUGUCCAGGGGCUGGCCAAGGGGCUGUUUCUCCUGGGAAAGCUCUGCCACCACACUCCAGAGCCAUGUCCUACCCAAGGUUCCUGGAGCCCGGGUGCAUCCAGGCUUACCAGGACCAUAACACUUGGCAAUUUCCAGU